CAUCGACAUGAGAGUGCAACACUUCGAAAGGUCUCUACCAGUGCCCGAUAGUUGAGAGCGGGAGCCAACUUGGAGGAGGCAAUUGAUUUUGAGAGUCGAUAUGGGCGCCCCACAGACGGCAUUUGCCGCCAGGUCAUCGAGCUCGAUUCGACUUUGCCUUGCUCAUUGCUCAAACGUCUUCACGCUCAACCAACACACUUCUAGGCAACCUCUAGCAGUGCAGACGUCCCACAAUGGCAUCUACAAGCCUGGCAUCGGCGCUGCAAAAGUUGCUUCCGUCGAAGCUGCCUUCAACCUUAUCCUCACGACCCGGCAACCUCUACCAAGUCUUGUCCCGAUAUCCUAAAGAUGGAAUUGGACAGAAAGUACACCAAACACGCUGGGAUAUGAAGAAUAUUGAAGGCUGCUACUGGGAGGUUACCAGGACAAAGCUGAAGCAGGAGGGGAAUCAUGGAAAGGUUUGGGGCAAGCUUUAUUGGCGAGGGAAAUGUGUCAGCGAAUACGACGAGAAAAUACCAGGCGGACUUAAAUACAGUUGGACUACCGGUGUCUCUCGACCAGCCUCACAACCACGAACACAGUCAUGACCCAUGCCAUCCCCAUACAUCCCCGUUUGCAUCCUAUAUUCUCCCCAUCGUUCCGCCAUAUAGCUUUCAGCCUACCUCUCUUCUCUAUUGUAUUAAUGCUACGCUGAGCUGCUAAUAUAAGAGCGUGAGGUUGCAAGGACCAUAUUUUGUUGGAUGCCUCUUGGAUGCCCCGAUCAAUAACUUGAGAAUGAAUUGCCAUAUUCGGCCCCCUCCUGCUGCUUGAGUUGCUGCCACCGUCUGCUGUCUGACUUCAAGUUCACUGGCGCACCUAGCACGAAGCUCAAGGAGUCGGGACUCGUCGUAACUAACUUGGUUGCUCACCAUUUCUCGCAUUGUACUAUCUUAGCUACUCCUCGGAAAGCAGCCUUCCUUUUGAGAUGGAUCCUCGCCAGUUGGUCGACACUCAGUUCGACCGUGCAGUGCAAAUUGUUCAGAGUCUACCGAAGACCGGUCCAAUACAGACCGGAUAUGAAGAGAAGUUGACGAUGUACAGCUUGUAUAAACAAGCUACUGUGGGCAACGUGCAACCUCCACGACCGAAUGUUUGGGACAUGCUGGGAAGGGCGAAAUGGGACGCUUGGGCGAAACACAAAGACUUGGAUUCAUACGAGGCGAAAUGGAUGUAUGUCGAUGCGUUAUUGAAGGUGCUUCGAAAGUAUUCCGACAAGACUGUGGCUAUGGACUUAGUGCGGGAGCUGGAGUCAUACCAGCCUGAUAAUCCAGAUCCCAACAUCGGUCGUUCAAGGGCGAGGUCUGGUUCCGAGAGUUCCUCUGGCUCGUCUGUGUCCGAACUAGGCUUAUCCGGCUCCCGCAUAUCGUCGACUAUGCCAACGCAUCUUCGACCGAGUCAACAGCAAGUUAGCGCACAGCUUAUACCUCGUACACCCAGUGCAGCACAUGAACCCGAGGCGUCGACUUCAGAAGAGGAAGAAAGAGAUGAUGAAGUUGGCGUCGAGCCUGCUCCUUUGCCAGUGGGAUAUGCCCAAAGUCAGCUAAAUCGACCCCAAUCUUCACUUUCCUCACAUCGCUACCGCACACCCAUGGCAUCUAUGCUCAUGACUCCUCCUGCACACAACAUGCAUGUACCCUCCGCUCAACCCAUGCCAUCUUUCGAAACCCCAUCGGCGUUUGAAGGUCGCUUAGACUCACCAUCAAUACCCUCCUCAGCGUACCCCACCCCCACUGUCUCAUACCCUGGAAAUCUUUCUCACUCUUCAAGAACAGACCUUAUGUCACCACCGAACCCGUAUCCUGCACAUCCUGGUUACAGACCACCAUUUGUUGGACGGCCCUAUUCAUUACAAUCUGGUGCAGUCCCACGUCCGGCUUCGAGGCCAGUCCUCGAGAGGGCCAUCGAAAGUGUUCAAGUGCAUCUUGCUGCCCUAACCGAACGGAUAGAGAUUUUAGAGGGGUUGGCGCAUAGAUCCACUGCGUCCUUAUCUAGCCACGCUAGUGCACGAUCGCCUGGCAGGGCAGGAGAUCGUGGCAGUCCAGCUGGAGGAACCGACAAUGAUAAUCCUUGGGACUUUGAUGAUAUGGGUAUGUGGGCAUUCGUUCUCAAACCACUGUCCAGAAUUCUAGCCAUGUUUGAGCAAUUGAGAGGUUUCCUUGCUCGAAACGAGAAUCGCUCGCCUACCCUUGUGGUGAUACGCCGCUUAUUCUUAGAUAUUUCUUUCCUUCUCUGUGUCCUUGCCAUCGCCAAGUUGGCGUGGAGGAGAAGUGGAAUGCGAAGGAAAGAGGUAUAUGCUGCAUUAGGCGGCUUGUGGCGUGCAAUACUUGGGCAUAGGAGGCCGCGAGUGCUGGUUGACAAGGCAGUAUGACCCCUCUGGUUUCCAUUAUCUCUGACAUAGGUUAUUCGCUGUAGAUAGUUCAUUGAUAAUUGCUAUUUGAUACAAUGCUUUGAAUAUACGUUCGGCACAAACACUCUCAUUCUUCC